AUGGCAGAAUCCGAAUCUCAGCCUAUCCGAUAUGUUGAUAUCGGAAUCAACCUGGGCGACCCCAUGUUCCGUGGCCAAUAUCACGGCAAACAGUCGCACGAAGAUGACGUAGACGAUGUGGUCCAGCGCGCCAAAGAUAUCGGAUGCUCCAAGUUCAUGGUCACAGGCUCUGAUCUCGAAGAAUCGAAGCAUGCCGUACACAUCGCGAGCAAAUAUCCUGGGCUCUGCUACGCAACCGUUGGCGUGCAUCCAUGCCAGGCAAAGCUGUUCGAUGAGUACCCAGGCGGCCCGACAAAAAUGCUAGAGGAACUCCGCACCCUAGCGACAGAAUCACAAGCAGCCGGUCAUGCCGUUGCAUUUGGCGAGAUCGGUCUUGACUACGACCGUCUAUUUUUGAGUGAAAAGGAGCCGCAACUCAAGUACUUCGAAGCCCAACUCGAUCUAGCCGUUGAGAUUCAGAUGCCGCUUUUCUUGCACUCGCGUGCCGCAAGCGAGGACUUCGAACGGCUUCUCGCUCCUAGGCUUGCGAAGCUGCCGAAGCGCGGUCUUGUGCAUAGCUUUACGGGAACCAUGGAGGAGAUGAAUCGGAUGGUGGCAUUGGGACUGGACGUUGGUGUUAAUGGGUGUAGUAUGAAGACCGAGGAGAAUUUGGAGGUUGUUAAAGCUAUCCCGCUUGAUAGGCUUCAGAUUGAGACUGAUGGUCCUUGGUGUGAAAUUCGUCCUUCUCAUGCUUCUGCGAAACAUCUGGAUGGAGCGGCGGAGUUACCCAAGGCAGUUAAGAAGGAGAAGUGGACGAAGGGGUGUAUGGUGAAGGGGCGCAAUGAGCCCGUUGCUAUUGCUCGUGUUGCUCAUGUCAUUGCCAGCGUGAAGGGUAUCACUGUGGAGGAGGUUUGCGAAGCUGCUUGGAACAACUCGAUCAAGAUGUUCGGAUUGGGCGAGGCGCAGUAA